AGGCGGUGUCGACGAAAUCUUGACUCAGGAGUCAUAAGGAAAAGUUCAUCAUCAUCAUCUUCAUCGUCGUCGUCAUCAUUCUAUACCAAACUCUAGUAUGGGAGGACCUGAAGGGUCAAACGACACCGAAAAGCAAAACGGAAAUGACACUGCUUCGCAGACACCGACAAAACCAAACCCGGUGAGCAUGGUGAAAGUCAAAAUCGAAGUUGACGACGACGAUGAUGACCACGAAAGGGGUGUCCGGGUUGACGUCGAGAAUAGCAGACAGAAAGACUUGAAAGCGAUGCUGACGUCGGAUGAGAAGACGAGAUCGAUUCCGAAGAGGGAGACGGAUGAUGCUGUCGGCAAUGUCGGACGAGUUAGUACUCGAAGGAAUUCGGACAAUGCAGCAGGCGACAAUGGAAUGAUUUCAGCAGGAGCGAUAGAGAACGAAGAAAAUGGAUCGGACGAUCUUAAUCAUGAUCGAUAUUCACCGUUCGAUGGGAUGUGUGAAAACUCCGAGAGCGAUUUCUUUAGCCCGAUCCAGGACCAGAGCGGCAACGUGAUACUUGAAGUGGCCUGUGGAUCAAACAAUGCCUUACUUUACGUCAAUAAGCUCUGUCAGGGAUCCAAGGGGCAGUGCAUUUUCUUCGAGGAGCGGUGGUACACGCCCAACGAGUUCCAGUUUAUCAGCGGGAGAGAGACGGCGAAGGAUUGGAAGAGGAGCAUCCGACAUCGCGGCAAGAGUCUAAAGAUUCUGAUGGGGCGUGGUCUUCUCAUGGCUCAUCCGCUCAUGUGCGAGUGCGACACAUGCCGACUUAAUUUCGCUUCUAAAGGAUUGCGAUCUGGUGAUCGACGAGGAGCAAUGACGACAUCAUCGUCCAGUUCCAACGGAUCGUCAUCGAUGGUUGACAGGUCGAGACUUCGACGUGUUACAGGACCAGAUGGCGAGGGUGGUCAUCUCAACGAAAUCAUCGACCAGCUCCAGCAUAGCAACAACAAUGGCUACUCUAAUGGAAGCCACAACCACGCGUACGACAGCGGUCGUAAGCGAUCUCACGGCGUCGAUAAUCCGAGCCCGACGGGGUCCAGCCCGUCGUCAAUGCCGUGCGGGCUUGCGUUGGUGAAGCGACCGCGGAGCGUCUCGCCGAGAGACGAUGAUAUCUAUGACGAACAGCAACGGAAGAUAUUCGAAGCCGCGAACUCGCCAGAGCCUCAGAAUAUAGAAAAUCUUCGUCGUUCACUCAACUUGAGUUCAAGCCGCUCCAACUCCCCAUCAAACAGCGACCACCACCAGUCUCCCGGCACCGGAUCACAUCCCGCGUUCUACGGUAGCCAUGGCAACGGACGAAAUGCCCCAACCGUAAUGGUCGCGGCAUCAAUAAACAACAGCAACACUACUUUGCUAACAAACGGUUCGGGGCCCGCAGAUCUCAGCCGCCACUCGUCCGCUUCGCCGCAGAGCGCCACAUCGACGCGGCUAUUACUUUCACAACCGCCUCAGAUGAUAGUGAAACAUCAGACGAAAUCCCGCAAGCAGACUGCACCGCAGCACCUAGACGUCGGUAACCACGGAGACGAGGCUCAUCCUCAUCGGGCCGCCCACAUCGUUCUUUCAAGUUACUCUGGACAAUCAUAUAAAGCAAAUGCUGCAGUCCGGCCAAGAUAUCAGUCGACACCUGUAUACAACCACCGCGUCACCACCAACUCGUCUUCUACCCAUCACGCCACGGGAAGCUCGGGGGAGCUUAACCUCUCAACAAAUGGCGGUUCGCGACGAACGCAAUCUUCCAACAUGGCGGCCGUAACGCGAAGCCCGUCAUCACAGCGAACCCUCGGCGCUCAGAUGAAGAUGAUCGAACUCACCCGGCCCGAGAUCGUUCCCUCAUCUAGCAGUGGGUUCAGCAGUAGACCAAGUAGCACACAUAGCAGCUCAAAUCCAGGCGAAGAAGGCAGAUCGCAUACUCCUGUCCAUCCUCAAAUUGGCAAUGCAGACGCAGUCUUUCUCCCUGCAGAUAUAACAUCAUGGUCCAUCUCGGAUGUUUCUCACUUUGUCCAGUCACUGAAAGGAUGUGAAGACUAUUGUCAAGUGUUCCGGGAGCAAGCCAUUGAUGGUGAGAUUCUUCCCGUACUCACCGAAGAUCACCUUCUUCACAACAUGGGUCUGAAGCUGGGACCGGCUCUCAAGAUCAGACUCCACGUUGCCAGACGUCUGGGCUUCACGCUGGACGGUCAGUACUGUAACACCAGCGUACCUCCUCAGUCCACCCCCCUCACACCCCAGCUCCCGCCACCGACGUUAACGCCUCAAGAAUCAGCGGCCACCCCUGUCCCGCCCCGUUCGGUUACCCCAGCGACGGGAACUUCGAAACCUUCCUCUAGCGAGGUGUUCACAGAUGAUGUGUAGUAGUCGGGAAGUGCCUUUUACAGUUGCAGACUUUCAUAGCUUACAGAGGAUGUUCAGUGCUUAGCAAGUGUCCUAUAGCCAUUUCAGACUUUCGUAACAUUCGUCAUUACCUGUGCUAUGGCGUGAUUGUUGCCGUUGGGGUGGAUGUAACCCGUCUGUUUCAGAAAUGUUCCAUAGUAGUGAAUCCUUGAUAGUUCAUACAUGUAGCUGUAACAUAACCAGACAACUCCCACGGCAUAAUUGUUCUGAUGAAGAGAAAGACAGGAGCCAGGAAGGUGUUUCAGAUAGGAAUUCAAUUUGACUUUGAGUUCCGUUUAAAAUUCCUAGUCGUUUAUGGUGCAACAACACAUCUCCAUAUUUGUGAUUUCAUGCUCAGGCUUAGAGACGUGCCUUUGUGAGAUAGUAUCAAAGAGAUUUAUAUUUUCAGUAUACUAUAUGCUUUACUUCAACAUGACCUUCCCUUUAAACAUGACUCUAUAUGUGUUAAACAGCCAAAAGGUCAAUGAUGUUACAGCUGGAACUGUGAUGUCAUCUACCUGAUUUAAGUAAGAAAAGUCCAUGUUUUUCAAAAUAUGCAUUUUAAUUUGAUACUGAACUGUGCAAAUGUUCACAAUUUUGUCACCAUCAUGUAAGCCUACAUUUUUAAGUUUUUCUUGUGGAUCAACAAAUCAAAAGUACAAGCCUUAAACUAGAUCAGCUGAGAGGUAAAUAAAUUAAAGUUAAAAAAGUUAUUGAAAGUAUGUCAUGAACAUAAAGAGCAAUUUUUCUUGAUUUUACUUUGAAAUCGAUACUUUUCCAACAAUUGUAGAAAAGUGCCAUCAACCACUUUCUAUACUUUGUCAGCAGAUUUUACUCAAUGGGGCCAUCGGUUAAUAUGAAUCCUCGUAAAAUAAAUUGAAAACUCAUAAGUUGGACCCUUGCCCUACGUUGUUUGCAGGAUCUGACAAAUGGGAUUUAUCAAAAUCAUCUUGCACUCGCUUUCUAAAAGUAAGACAGAAAAAGCUCACUAAUAUAUUCACAGGCCUAAUUGUUUGUUUUGAUUUUUGAACUAUAUGAAGUGUAUGAACAGCAGAGUACUUAUUUUUAGAUAGAUCUGCAACAAUCAGUGAAGCUCUUCUCUGGCUAGUGCAAUCCUUCUUCAUAUACAGGGUAUCUCAAAAAAAUGGAAGUCUAGUGUUGAAGGUUGCUACUUCUCGACUCGAGCCUUCUACUCAAGCCUCUCACCCUGCCUACUACUCGGUUUUCCACUCAUGGUUUACAGUCCUAUUUAGGACUACACUCCUUUGAAAAGAAUACUCUACUUUUCAACCUCCACUUUCUUGCCUUUCCAUUUCACCUCCAUUUCUGUCCACCUUCUAUCUCAAUGUACUGUAAACCACUUCCACGAGUGUUCUUAAUUUGUCUUCAAAAAGACUGAUUUCCUCCAUAUGUAAUGCAAAAAUCAUUGCAUUCAGUGCUUUUUUUUUAUUAUUAAAUCCUUUCCCAAAUGGUCAUUCAUAUGACCUAUAUGAUGUGAAGGGACAGCUGUCCCACACACCUCUUGUCAAUUUCAACUGUUUCAAGUUUACUUGCAUCCAUAUGCUUCUCCCGAACAACAUAACAUCAUCAAAGGCUCUUGUACAUCGCCCAAAUCUGCAAAAUUCUAAAAUGACUGCAUUUUAAGAAUUGUCAUGGAAAUCCCUUCAAAAGGCAAGGCCCUUUGUAAUCCAUCAUUCCACUUUCUUUUGGACACCCUGUCUUUUGCGUUAUUUCUUGCCAGGGUAAUGUACCCACAGGCGUGACCAAUUUCAUCCAAACGAUUGGAAAAAAUAUGCAAAUAAUUGCCACAUUUGCAGAUUAUCUGUGGUAAUAAUAUUUGAAUAUUUCAAGACAUUACCACCGUUUACAUUUUUGCCAAGACCUAAACAUGAAUAUUUGUCAAGUUUGAAGGUUCGGGUGCCUUAACUUAUGCAUGUGUAUUGAAAAUUUUGAUACAUUUUGUUUUUUCAUUCCUUGCCUUUUUUUUCCAAGUGGAAUAAUUCAUCAACAUGUCAGAAACUUAAAUUUUUAGUGGGUAACUAUUUCGAUUUGCAAUUUAUUUGUUCAUUCUGUUUUGGAAGUUUGAUAUGUAUGUAUAUUUGUAAAUUCUAUUUAUUGUUAAAAACUUUCAUUUCGCUUUCUUUCUUUCAAAGUUUUUGAAUUUCUUUGCAGCUUGUUGCAUAUUCCGGAUAUUUUGCAUUGCAUCAAGCUUGUAUUAGAUGUUUGUAUAUAUUGCCUUUUCUAAAAAAGAAAUUAGAUAUAAGUGCCUUUAUCGCUUCAAUAUUGUAUCAAUAUGUGGAUACCAAAUGUAUGUGCAUUGACAAGAAACUAAGAAGAAAGGGGUUUUUGUAAUAAGAAGUGCUAAUACCUGUUGUAUCAAAUGGAUAUUUUAAUAAAUUUAUUUUGAUAAUGAAGUUUGGUGAGUUUGUGUUCUGUUUUUAAAAUGAUUCUACCACAAAGUCUGUAAAGCAAGCCAUAUUUCGAUACUCGGAUGCUUAAAAAAGCAAGAAGUUUUCAGUUCAAUGUAAUUCAUAAAAUAAUCAACCAUUCUAUACACCUGACCCCCAUUUUUAAAGGGAUACUCCAGGCUGUGAAUUUUACUCUAUUUAUUUAGAAAUAAAUAUCUUCAGCACAAAGCAUCCCUUUAAGAAUUCUUACAUCACUUCAUAAAACUGCUUGGGUAAUUAUCUUUUCAUAGCAUUUAAGACAGUCAUAGAAUCAGAAAUCAAAGAGCUGUGAGUUGGACACACACAUUUAGUGGAAAUGCCCUUUACGUUAUUCCAAGGAAGUUUCUAAACUUAAUUCAACCCCCCCC